CGUCAUUUCCGUUAAUGUAUUUCCCCCCUCGGCGGGUGUUUUUGAAUUUUUGUCUCCCAGUGAACUUAUCGUUAUAAACCUUUUUGGGAAACUUUUCGUAAAGAUAUGGCAUCCAUAAAUGAUACAGAUGCUGUGGAGUGUUUCACGAAUAUGCUGGAAGAGAUCCGCACCAAGCUGAUUUCCAAGGUUGUUGGAGAAAUGGUUGAUACCGAGACAGACCUGCACAUCUCACACAGACAGUCUGUAAAAGCUGGUUUUGAGUCGUGCUUGAAGAAAUGCAAGGAUGAAACGCUGUUCGAAACUAUUGAGGUGUACGAAAAAGAUUUAGCCCAAAGGAGCGCCAUUCUCAAGGAAAAGAGUCGGGAGUUGCCAGAAGUCAUUUCUGAGACUGAGGAGAAGAUCUUGAUCAAGGAGAGCCUUCUACAGAAGAUUGACAGGUUGAAGAAAGAGCAAUCAAAGCACAAAGAUUUGAUUGUUGCACAAAACAAAGCCAAUAAAGACAGACUGAAAAACCUACACAAAGUGAAGCAGGUGUUCCAGGACUGUUUGAAAGUGGAGAUCAGGAAGAUUCAAGGUGAGAAGCUGCAGUUUGUCUUCAGAAACUUGGACCACAGGGAUCCAGAAAGUGCCUACACUUUCAUGCUGCAGAUUAACGAAGAGGGGGCGUACCAGAUUGAGUCCUGCAGUCCACCCCUGGAGUGUAUGCCUCAGCUGGAGCAGAGACUGAAGGAGACAAAUAACUUCUCUGCCUUUCUCGCCAACGUCAGGAAAGAAUUUAAAGCUCUGAUCCCAGAGAAAUGAAUCACACAAGUACCAUCCAGCGAGGUGUGCCAACCAUUUUGAAGGACUCCUUAAAGGACUCUAUUUUAUAUCCCCUAACUCUAACAAAAAGGGUGAAAUUCUCAUGUGAAACAUCCAUAUUGUUUGUUUUUGUACUUGUAUAUUUAUUUAACCUUAACACAAGGUAAAGUCACACUUUUUUUGUUGUAUCCAUUUUUAGCUUUCUGUAUAUUUCCUAAAAUUGCUGAACUAACAUUUUAUCCACCAGCAAACAAAUGAAUGUUCGCUUUCAUUAAUGACACUUUCUUAAACAAACAGACAUAUUAACAAAUACAACAAAUAAAGUUUUCAUAUUUUUUUUUAAAAAAAAAGAACUCUUUUAAUACUGACAUGAAAAUGGCAUUAAAACAAUGUGUUCACACUGAAAUACUAUUAAGUAUAUCUAAGAAAAAAUUACUGCUUUUACAUUUUAGGCUAUUGCCAGCUUUCUAAACAGGUCUUUCAUUUCCAUUAGGUUUAAAUAACUCAACAUAGCAAUAACUUUAUUUUGUGGUGAUUUAAAGAUCAUUUUAGUCAAGUCAAUCAUUUAGUAGGGGUGAAACUUUUCCAUUCUGUUUCAAGUUGAAGUUGCCGUUUCAUUUAAUUGAUGUAUUGAAUCUAUUUUUCUUUUUAAUUAGUAUGAUCCUGUAUUCUAGACGUGACAUGACAUUUGUACAAUAAAGUCUCCCUCUUUUUGUCCCUGC